AUGGAUAGUCGUUAUGUUACCAUUGGUUUUCUUGGUUUCUUUUUUGUUUUUCUUAUCUACAGCACAUCAGCCUAUUUUAUUGCCCAAAAUUUGGCAGCUGAUUUGGAAAAAGCUUUUCGACCUAUUAAUAAUCUCACAAUUACUGAUGACAAAAGAAUUGUUGAUCAACCGUUCAGCAUUAGUAAACUGUUACAAGCUGUACCGACAGUUUCUUACCGCACAUUAACAUAUGUAACCUAUGACGAUACAACUUUGACACUCGAUUACUAUGAAUCAACUGUGGCGGGCAUCCGACCUUGUUUAAUAAUAAUACACGGUGGUGCUUGGCGUAGUGGCAACAGUAAGCAAUUACCAGAACUCAAUAGUCAUCUGGCACGAGCCGGUUAUCAUUGUGCAGCUAUUAACUAUCGUUUAACUCCGCAAUGGAAAUGUCCUGCUCCUAUAGAAGACACAACUGCUGCUUUAAAUUACUUGUGUAAACAUGCCGAUGACUUGAAUAUCGAUACAAAUAAUUUUAUAUUACUCGGCCGUUCGGCUGGCGCACAGAUAGCAUUACUAACAGCUUAUACCCUUAAACAUUCGGGUAUCAAAGGUGUAAUUGAUUUUUAUGGACCAGCGGAUAUGAUUUGGGGAUAUAUGGUACCAACCAACCCACUUGUAAUAGACUCACGAAAAACAUUAGCUACAUAUAUUGGUGGUGAUUAUUAUGAAAUACCAGACAAGUAUGCAGCUAGUUCACCGAUCGAGUUUGUCAAUCGACAGAGUGUACCUACUCUUGUCUUUCAUGGUCUUACCGAUUCGCUCGUAUUCUAUGAACAUAGUCGUCGUCUCUGUACUAAAUUACAUCAACACGAUGUGCCACACUAUUUGCUUGAAUUACCUUGGGCAACACAUGGCUUUGAUUACCAUUUAAAUGGUCCUGGCGGACAAUUGUCAACAUUUGCAAUCGACUACUUCUUGCGCGUAGUUACUAAUAGACAUUAG